UCAAUAUCGUAGCUAUAUAUGUUUUAUUUUAAAUUUUUGUUAUUAAUUUUUAUGCAUAAAAUAUGCUUAAGAAUUAAGACUCUUUACUAAAUUUUUGUUGUUUUAUUGUUAUAAAAAUUUUCAAUAUAAUAUUAAUACUUUGAGAACCUAAAUAUAAUAUGAAAUUUUCAGUUCUCGCCUCCCUAUAGUAAUUUAUUCUUAUCCGUGAUUUUUAUUUAGUUAUCUAUAUUAUACUAAAUCAUGGGUCCACCACCUGUAGUUACUGGUAUUUCUCCAAAAGAAGGUCCUCCGGGAACACGAGUAACAAUACGUGGAGAAUUUUUAGGAACUUCUGCCAUCGAUUUAAUUGGUUUAAAAAUAUGUGGGUGUGACUGUUUACUGUCUGCUGAAUGGAAGAGUAAAAACAAAAUAGUAGCUCGUUCAGGUCCGUGUAAGGGCCGUGGAGACAUUAUAGUAACUACCAAAUCUGGAGGAGAGGGUACAUCUACUGUACAGUUCAGAGGAUAUCAUGAAUCCAUAGGACCAGUUAAAGAGAGUGCAGUAUGGGUAGAGGAGGCUGCUCCACCUUCCUUACCAUGGGGUCGGCGCCCAAUGUCACCUACAACAUACACCCCACCUGAUCCGUUAGGACUAUCUACAGAGGGUGAUGAUUGUAAAUUCCCAGAGGAAGAGUUGCAUGAACUAUUCCCAGAUGGGUCAGGAAAAUUGACUGAUGAAAACUUCCAACCUGGGUGGUAUUUAUUAGAACACCACAGCAAUACUUCAUAUGAAGAUUUGAAGGCUGGGAUGGUUUUCUUACAAAGAAAGGUUGAAAGUCAGAAGGAAGGCCAGCUUAGCUUUUUAAAAGCAAACACUGGAGCUGUGAUGGACCAACUAGAUCGUCUUGUUUUGCUUAAAAAUAUGUUUGAAGAAGAUCAAAGAAAAAAUGGCAAGGAGCCAUUACACAGCUUACAGGCCGCUAUUGAAGAAUCGAUUACGUUGGCUGAUUCUCUUUUUUCUGAAAUACUGUCGCGCAAAGAACAUGCGGACAAGACACGAGAAGCUCUGUCGCUGCUCAUGCGAAAUAAAUUUCUCUUCCAACUGCCCGCAUCUAUCGACAACAACAUAAAGAAGAAGGAGUAUGAUUUAGUUGUUAACGAUUAUACUAGAGUGAAAAACCUUUUUGGAAAUACAGAUGUUAAGCUUUUUCAAAAAAUUCUAGCUGAAAUAGACAAAAAAAUAGAAGACUUGAAAGAAAAGUUACACACAAGAAUGAAGACGAUGCCUAUAAAUGUACAAGAACAGAUAAAAUAUAUAAAGUUGUUGGUGAGUUUGAACUGGGAAGGCGAUGCAGCGUGGGUCGCCAUUAUAAGUCGCAAAGAAUAUCUAAUGAACCUCAUGAACAAAGUCAAAGAUCACUUCAAACAAAAGGAAGAACAAGAAUCUAGUGAGAAAGGUAAACGGAAAUGGCGCGAGUGCGAGGAGGGCGGCGCGGAGGGGUGGGGCGGGGCGCGUGCGGCGUGGUGCGCGGCCGCGUGCGGCGCGCUGGCCGCCGAGCUGCACGCGCUGUGGCCGCUCGCGCGCCGCUACUUCGCGCGCGAACUCGCCGGCCAGCCCGCCGCGCCCGACCGCCACGACCAGCUCAAGGAAAUGAUAAUAGCGGCGGUGGAGCAAUUCUCUACGCACAUGCGCGCAUGUCUGAUGUCGGGCGCUGGCAAUGUGUCGGCCGACACGCUGCGUCUGCGACUUGUCGCCAAUUUGCGUAGUUUGCGGGAGGCCUACGACUCGCUACUGAAACUCGACUUACCCUCACAGCCACUAAGCGUGGUGGAGAAGGUGAUAUUCGACUACCGUGUGUACGGGAUGACAUGUUUCCUGCAACGCGCACACAAACGCGUGAAGGCGCUCGCCGAAAAGGAAACGUGGAAGAUCGAGGAGUUCACUGACUACGGGGCCAUCACAAAACUCCCGCACCUGCUGGAGACGUACACGCGGGACGCGCUGUCGUCGAUCCACAAGUGCGUGUUGGUGAGCGGGCGGCGCGAGGGGGCGCUGCUGGUGGCGGGUGGCGAGCCGGCGGCCGCGCUGCAGCAGCACACGCAGCAGAUGCUGCUCGCCUACGUCACCGUGCUCGACCGCCUCGCGCUGCAUCACGCCGAUCAGGAGUUCAACAACACGAGCCUGUCUGUGGCGCUGGACCAGCCGCUGGACGAGAGCGGGGGUGGCAGCGAUGGCGGCGCGGGCCACGGUUGGCAGCGCCGCCUGCUGGUGGCCGCCGCCAACGCUCAGUACACGCGCCAUGUCACGCUGCACAACAUCGCUGAAGCGUUCGACUCUUUCGAAUUGCCGAAGCCUACCCAAGCGCUGCAGGCCUGCAAGGAAUCCCUGAGCAGUUUAGAGGGCACCAUCGCGGAGACCUACCUGGAGCACAAGGGUGACCCGCUUGUGGGCACCAUCGAGCCCAGCAUGUACAUGGGUCGCCAGCGUACCGAUACGGACGCGUUGGCCGAUGACGCGAGGCCGUAUCUCUACGAGAUUAUAAACAACCUCAUCGCUGUUCACGCAGAGGUGGACAGCGUGUGCGGCGCGGCGUCGGCGCGGUACGUGCGCGACAUCUGCGAGACGGUGUGCGAGGAGGUGGCGCGGCUGGGCGCGUGCGCACCGAGCGCGUCGCGCGCCGCCGCCUUCCUGGCGCGCCUCGAGUGCUCGCUGCUGCGCCUCGCCUGCGCCGCGCACCUCACGCCCAAGGCUGAAAAUUAUCUAAUGGAAGCAUUAGCGGGUAUACCGCCAUUAGAAAGCGAGGAUGAUAAGAAACGAAUGGACAGCAUUGUAGAAAAAUUUAAGAAACGAAUGGAACUUCAAUUGGCGAGCCUUAACUGCAAUAUGGAGACUGUAUGAUAAAUAUACUAUAGUUUAGUUAGUUACCUCAUUGUUUUUAAGCUUUAAAUAGGUGAUAUGUUCUUUUUUUAAUGUGGCAAUUAUUAUAUUAUAUAGUAUUAUUUUUCCUCCUAAUUUUAUAUAAAUGAUACAUAGUCUUAAAUUAUGCAUUUAAAUAUGAAGUAAUAUACAACAUUAAUGUUACUAUAAUAUCUGAGUAUAUUAAAUUAUUAUAUUUCAUAUAAAAUAUUAA